AUGUUCUCGUGCCGGUGCUGCUGCGCACUGCUUGCAGCAGCAGUCGCAGUUUCUUUGGGUUUGUCCAUCACCUACCUGGUGGAUCCCUUCACCCCGGCGGUGCAACACCAUGAGGUGGAGAUUCGCACGUCUCGCGCCUAUGCCGUAGAACCACAGCGCGGCCCGGAGUCGGGGCUGCCCACUUUGCUGCUGUUGUGCGAAGGUGUCAAUGCUGCCAUGGUGACCCACACCCUGCUUGUGGCGGAUGCCGCCAAGCCGUACUUCGAGGUACAUGUGGCAUCGUUUGGGGGCGCUUACAUCAACCUGCUGCAGGAGUCAGGAUACCCGCAUCAUGCUCUCAUGCCGCAGUGGACAGAGGAGCAGACAGCUCUGCUGUAUGCCGCCGACCAGUUUGAGUCGCUCUCCUCGCCCUGGACUCGUGAGGUUCUCCAGCGGCAGAUCGACUCCUCGCUGGCCCUCUACAAGAAAGUUCGUCCUGCUGCAGUCGUCUCUUUCUUCGUACUGUCCGCGAGCCUCUCUGCCCGGGUUGCUCGAAUACCACUUUUCGUGGACAUGAGCAUGACCCGUGGGCUCGCCACGGAUGCCAAGGCUUUGGCCGCCUCCAUCCCGGAUGACAGCAUCAUCACCUACUUGGGUCUACGCCCUGCCUUGGCGGCUGCCGGGUCGUGGUUCAUGCAGCACAUGACCUUCCUGAUGCAGCCCUUCGUGGCGCUGGCAUCUGAGUGGAACAUUACGGGCCUGCACUUUACGAUGGACCUCAUGGAGGGCGACUUCACGUCAGUCUCCGACAUCCCAGCCUGGGCCGGUGUGCGGCCGGCAGAAAUCCCAGCUCGAGUGCGCUUCAUCGGACCUCUCUACGCCAAGCUGAAGAAGGAGGUGCCGCCUGAAGUCUUCGCACUGCGAGAGCAGGCAACUCGCGACGGGCAGCCCCUCCUUUGGUUCGCCAUGGGCUCCUCAGGCCAGCCGCCUCUGGUCCUGGCGAUUUUGAAGGAAUUGGUGCGCAAGCACCCGGGCUGGUACAUUGUGGCCCCUGUGCACACGCUCUUGAAGAAGGCGGGCGUGGACACCACCAAGGCAGAGGAUCUGGCCUCUGCUGGCCUCGCAUCCGAGCGCCUCUUCCUUCCCACAGAGCUCCUGCCGGCGCAAAAGGUUGAGCCACUUUGCGAUGUGGCCUUCACUCACGGAGGGCAGGGCACGGUGCAGACGAGCAUGUGCUCUGGCGUGCCCUUUCUGGGUGUCGGCAUGAUGCCGGAGCAGGACAUCAAUGUGCGCCUUGCCGUGGAUAAGGGCGUGGCAAAGCAGGCCCUGAAGUUCCAGACGCCAGCAGAGAUCGUGGAGCUCCUCCAAGAAGUCGCAAGCUCCGAGGCGAUGCGCGAGCGAGCCGCUGCUGUCAAGGAGGAGUGCCGGAAGUUCUCUGGCGAGCAUGCUUUCGUUGAGUUUAUUCGCGAGAAGGCCCUCAUGCCCGCUUGA